AUGAUCCCUCCAAAGCCCCCGAUGACCAAAAAACGCGCGUCCCGUGCUGAGGCGCGGAAAGUGACAUCGCUCUCUGCCGAACGACUGGAGAGGAAGCGCGCCAACGAUCGGGAAGCCCAGAGAAUCAUUCGACAGAGGACCAGGGAGCAUAUUGAGCGGCUGGAGCACCAAGUGGCCAAGUUGAAGGCCGAGAGGGAACAAUUUGAUGAUGUCGUCCGACGGAAUGUGACGCUGGAACAUGAGAUUCGGGCCUUGAAGCAUCAGCUCGCCCUGGCUAGCAGACAAGGGUAUCUGGGAACGUAUAGUAAUACUCCCGAGUCUAUGCUCCCCGCCAUGCAAUUCGCUGAGCUUUUGGGAUUAAGUCAAGCUUCUAGAGCAGGGUCAGUCCUGUCUACGUCCAGUCAUGUAUCGGUAGGGUCGGAGUGGCAAUCUUACGGCACAGCCUGGUCCCCUUCAACAUGCGAAUCAACCAAGACGAAUUAUGGGAACCGGGCUGAGUCUUACCUGUUCGAGAACCAAGUUCAACUGUCGAGCACGAUAACUGUCGCGCCGUCGCAGGUAACCUACAGCGCGCCUGUCGGAGCUCAACCGGGCCCGAUGUUUAAAUUCUAUGCACAGGCAUACUACACUGGCAAUACCAGUCCUGGACCGGUGGAUGGCCUUGCAUCCCAUUCUCCGCAGCCAGUACCCUACGUGCCCGGACAUCAGCUGAUGUAG